AUGGAAAAGGGAUUUGGUGGUGAAAAGCCUCAUGCAUUAGUUGUGCCAUUUCCUCUACAAGGUCACAUAAAUCCCAUGCUCUAUUUCGCUCACAAGCUCGUCUCCCAUGGAUUUCUCGUAACAUUCGUACAUAGCGAGCACAACCAGUCGCGCAUAAACGAAGCGAAGGAGAAAAUGAAAUUGGAAGAUGCAGAUAAAGAUAAUAUAAGAUUGGUGAGUGUAACCGAUGCCCUUGCGCCGGAGGAAUCUCGUUCAGACGUACCCAAACUACUGGACUCAUUGCAAGACACGCUCGCUUCUUCCUUGCAUAAACUCAUUGAGGACAUCAACAAAACCGAAGCGCAUGGGAUUACGUGCGCUGUUUUUGACCUCAGUCUUUAUUAUGUUCGGCAUGUCGCCAAGAAUUUGGAUAUUCCAUAUGUUCUGUUUUCUACGGUCUCUGUUGCCACUUGUGUCGUUGUCCAGGAAUCCUCCACCUUGAUCUCUUCCGGAAUCGUGUCUCCCAAUGGAACUGCGACGGUGGAUAAGAUGAUCAACGUUCUACCCUUUAUGCCACCUCUACGUUCCACCAAGUUAGUGUGGAUGUUUGGGAGCGAAGAUCAGAUCAAGAUAAACAUGGAGAUGACUUUCGAAGCAGCGAAUGCAAUUCGGGAGGAGUUCGUUGUGUUCAACUCCUUUUACGAUCUGGAAGCUCCCUCGAUCAACGACUACCCUGGAAAGGACACAAAAAUAAGCACAAUUGGUCCUCUAAUCUCCCCGGGAAUUUUGGAGGGAGAUUUAGGGCAGGGUGAGUUUGGCAGGCAGGGCAAUUUGCGGGCUGAGGCGGUGGAGUGUUUGGCUUGGCUAGACAAGCAGCCCAGGCAGUCUGUCAUCUACGUGUCCUUUGGGAGCUUGGCGAUAUUGAACGCGAAGCAGUUCCAAGAACUGGCUGCGGGGCUAGAGGCAACCGGCAGGCCGUUUCUGUGGGUCGUACGCUCGGAUUUGAUGGACGGCACGAUAGGCGCGUUACCUCCCGGAUUUGCUGAACGAGUAGGGGAUCGCGGGUGCUUAGUUUCAUGGGCUCCACAGCUCUCGGUUUUGUGUCAUCCUUCCACUGUGUGUUUUAUUACUCACUGUGGGUGGAAUUCGACAAUGGAGAGCGUGAGCACCGGCGUUCCCAUGCUUUGUUGGCCCUCCUCCUUUGAGCAGUUCCUCAACUGUACUUACAUUGUCAAUGAGUGGAAAAUUGGCUUGGAAUUGAUUCCAAAUGGAGAUGGAUUAGUAGAAAAAGGGGAGAUUUUGAAUGCUGUGGAAAAGCUACUGGUCGGUGAGGAAGGUAUCGACAUAAAGAAAAGAGCGACAUUUCUGAAGGAAAGGGCGAGGGAGUCUGUCAAGGCAGGCCACUCGUCAUUGUUUAACUUUAAUCUGGUAGUAGAGACGCUGCGAAGCAAGCGAAUAUAG